AUGACGCUUGUGCAUGCGCGGUCUGCUUCCGGCGAUCGUAGACCGCAUAGGCGCAGAGCCAUCACCAUCAAGCAGCCUGCAGGCGCAUUCGGUCUUCGAGACAAGUCAUGCUUAAUCGAAGGAGGCAGCGAAAAAAUUGCAUUCAACAUACCGCCUCUAGCGCUGCUACGCACAAAAGGCGAUAAAGGAUGGAUUGGCCAAGGCAAGUAUGGCGACAUCUGCAGCAACGCGAACGAGUGGCUUGGCGUCCGAAGUCACAACAUCGACUUGUCUUGCGCGAGAAGCUGCACGCACUACUACUGUACGAUGCUUGUCGCUCGAGCGGCAACACAGCCUACGGCUGCCCCGGUCCUGAGCCGCAGGGCGGUAUGGGGCCAGGCUAGCAGACCGCCGAAUCGAGGCAACCGCGGGUACCAACCGAGCACAUCGUUCUCUGAGCCUGGAAUUCUGCUUGCCCACGGUGUUGGGAAGGCCACCGCUCGGCUCUUGGGGGCAGACAAGGCGUCAUCACUCGACAAAGUGCUACCGGCCACGGUCGAGACCAGCCUUGCCCCGUUAGCAAGAUUGACUCAUGACGCUGAACGAGCGAUUGGAGCACUGCUCGAAGUCCGAUCCUCGGAGUUCAGCGAGAUCGACGAGCCCAUUGCGCGAUGCUCCUUAACGUCGGCAUCGGCAGGCAGGUAG